UUAGUCAACAAUCAGGCCAUCUCAGUCCGGCCAUCUCAGCUAGCUCCACUCAAUAGCUUCGAUUAGACUUAAGUGAUCACAUCGACCCAGGCUGCUCAUUUUAAGCCGUCGCUCUUGAACAAGAAGCACAGAGCUUAAACACCUUGGAUGGUAUCUUACAAUUGGGAUCUGGAGAACCGCAUCCCUCUGUCUCCCUCCUCCUCCUCAUCAUCCCUAGCUUAUCGGCACAGUGACUGGGCAUCGUCUCGCUCCAUCAUCCAACUACUUUUAUGUGGAGCUUUGGGUCCUCGUUGCCCAGCUCUUUGAAAUUUUUGUGAGAAAGGAGUUUGGGAGAUAAUAUUCUUGCUUCGUUGAGUGACUGUGUGGAAGAAAGCAGAAUGAGCAUUCAUUUAUUGGAAAAUGUUCUCAGGUCUCAGACGGUUCACCUGGAGAAGAUGAAGGGUCGGCUCCUGGUUGACAUGCAGGAGGCUGAGAAGGAGGAGGAUUGACUUAAUAAUGAUUGUUUUUAUAUCUGUUAAUCUCUUGGUCUCCAGGUCUCAGAAGGUUCACCUGGAGAAGAUGAAGGGUCGGCUCCUGGUUGACAUGCAGGAGGCUGAGAAGGAGGAGGAUCGACUGAAAGAGUACCGACAUGAGAUGGAGCUGCUCAACCAGGAGCGCUUGGCACAUGUGGAGGAGCUAAGGCAGAUACAUUCAGACAUCAACACGAUUGAGAGUGUGAUCAAGAAUACAGAAGGAGAUAGGAACAAAGCGUUUGAAGCAGCGUGGAAGAUGUACCAGGAGUAUGUGUGUCUCAAGGAGCAGAUCAAUGCUCAGAGGAUGUCCAUUGGAUUGGAUCGCAUCCCGGAGCUCACUGAGGAAGACAGGAGGCUCGAUCCAGACCUUCUGAGGAAGAGAAGAGCGGAAUGGCAUGAUAUAGAGAAGAGGGACCCUCCCUCGCCCCUGAUCCCUACAUGCACCCUGCCCCUCCCACUGGAACCUCCCCCACCCUUCCAGAUGCCUGGUACCAGUCACAGUAAGGAGAUGAAUGGUCCUCCUCCUCCUCCGCCCUUCAAACAACAACCACCACCUAUGAAGAACUGUCUGUCAUGUCACCAGCAGAUCCACAGAAACGCUCCGAUCUGUCCCCUUUGCAAGGCCAAGAGCAGGUCCAGGAACCCCAAGAAGACCAAGAGAAAGCAUGAGCAAUGAGCUGAAGGACCAGGUCCCGACUACUUCGGACCAGGUCUCGACCGCUUCGGACCUUCACAUUCCAAGAUCUGUGUGGUAGAGACCCUGAACAUGCCACAGAGUGUUCAGAUAGACAAUGUGUUAUAUUAUCAAGAAGGAAUAGGCUACAAUGUUGUAUCGGACUGACACGCCAGGGGAUGUUCAAAAAGGCAAUGUCUUUGUUUAGAAGGAUUGAAAGACUGUUCCUCUAAAUGGCCUUUAUCGGACAAAGGAUGAGUCACCCUUUGACUACCAUACCUGUUAAUGAGUGCCCAAAACUGUAUAUCCUUUGACCAAGAAAAGCUGGUCUUUCUGUUGAAGACUCCAAACAAGUUUAUGAAUUGUAAAGUUAGAUCUCAUGGUAAAUGGGUUUCUGGUAGGAUUAUUCCUUGAAAUGCACUGUGCGCUGAUAACGGCUGCCGGAGCUAAAGCUAGGGUAAUAAUUUCCAAAGCUCUUUGGAAGUUAUAUAAUGUGAUGUGCGCUAUACAAGAACUGAAUAUUUUAUCAUUUUCAGUGAAAAGAGUCACCAUAAGUAAGAACUCUUCUUAUGAAUUUUUCUCAGUGGUACAAGUUCAAACAUUUGGUGCUGUCAAAAGGGUAAAAUGAGGAUGCUUAAAUGGUCACUGCUUUGCAUCUUAAAGAAGCAAACUGGUGUAAGAUUCCUUGUUGAUUUUCAUUACGACAAUCCUAAGGUUGGCCUAUUCAAAGUAAUAUGUACAUGUAUGUAAAAAGGUAUUAAAUUAUUCACCUGUACCUUAAAGAGAGGAAAGAUUUCAAAAUGUCUUAUCUUUUGCCAAAAUAUUGAACACAAACCAGAAAAUAUUUGAACAAAGAUGAUCCAUGUACUGCAAACUGUCUUAACUAUUUUUUCUUUUUUCUUGUCCAAAUACAAGUACUUAUGUACAUCAAAAACUCUACGCAAACUCCAUGACAACAAUUUUCUACCUCUUUUUUUUCUUCUAUUUCUAUAGGUUCUCAAAUCUUCAAUAUUUAGGGUAUUUACCAGCACUUUUGUAUAUGAAUUUAAUCAAAGGAGUCAUGUAGAUAAGGAAAUCAGGUUUUUUCUUUUUUUAAUGUGAGCUUAAACAAGAAAUUUCAGCAAAUAAACCAUUUAGUACAUUCAAUUUUAAUAGCUAGAAUCGAACAUAUUUGUUGUUGCUAGGUCAGCAGACAUGGCGGCACAUAAUGUAUGUGAUUCCUAUUCUGACUGUUGAAAUACAAUUAUUCAUAAACAUAACAAGUGAACGUAGUAAUUUGUCACAAGUACAUGACAACGAUGUUUGCAUUGAGUUUGAUAACAUUACACAACAAUGUGUUUGGCUAAGAUCCUUUUGUGUUACUUUUUCUCUACCGAGGCACACAUCCAAAAUAAUAUCAUCACAUGGGUUCAUCAAUAUUCAGCCUUUCUAUUUUCAGGUAUGUCCCCCUCAUUGCCCAGAAAUGAAAAGGUUUUGAGAUUGUGGUUUUGGAAAGUGGUAGUGUGCAUUGCUUUAUUACAGGAAGGUGACAAGGAAGGCAUAUUGCUUCAAUAUAGAUCUGUAUGCUGACUAACCUAGGCAUGUUAUAGAAUAAAGGCCAUGGACACAUGUUGUAUCUUUUUCACUCACUUUGCCAGUCAAAUAGACAACAUAUGAUCUAUCCUUUAAUUUGUUGUCAACCUGCUUGAGAUGAAUUCCCUGUACAGUUGCUGUAAUGAUUGUUCAAAUUAUGGAGACAGAAUUAUCAGUGCCAAAUACAUUUCAGUGUAUGUAUAUAAGCUUUAUUUUAUUAUUAAACGGUCUACAGCUUUUAUUUCAACCAAACAUUUGAAGGCAAGUGGUGUACUUAAAUUGAUGGAUGGAGCUCAAUUCUUUUUAUUAAAGCUGUUCUGGAGAAGUUGAUGCAGCAUUCAGUUAACCAGUUUACAACUAAGAAGUAUUACAGUCAUGAUAGCAAUGUGUUCAUCAUUUUGAUCAUCCUUUGUUUCGUCUUGUUUUGCUUUGAAGUGGUGCACAAAUUGGAUCAAUGAAUUGGAUGUCAGGUUUUGUGAACCUUGUGAACAUUUUCUCAUGACACCAACCAGUAUUGUCGGUCUCCUGGCCUGUAGCGAGUAAAUAUUAUCAAUAUAUGUGUGUUUGGACAAAGAAGGACAGUUCCAAUGCCAAUACCACAAAUUAUAGGUGACUGAUUUGAACAUAAUAGAUGAUCAUGAUUCAUGGGUUAAGUCUAUGGAAAGAUGGGGUCGGGCCUCAACAAGGUAAUCCUAAUCUUCAGGCCUCAAUAAGAUAAUCCUAAUCUAGAGUGGAUCGAUUUAGUUUUGCAGGAGGCAGAAACACCAAGUGCAUUGUUGUAUGAAUAACAUUUCAAAAUAGAAUGGGUGUAACCAAAGCAAACGAAGAUAUAUAUAUAUCUAUUUUUUUAGGACUGGGUAAAGUAGCGUUUGAGUGGAAUUUGGGGGGAGAUGAUCAUAAAUCAUCUCGAUAACAUUUAUUCAGUUUGUGUUUGUAUUUUUAAAGAAACCUCUUGUCUAGUGUGUAAUUAAUGAAGGUGCAAUAUAGCUACUGAAAACAAAAAGAUGAGACAUAUUGCUUAUCAUUGUAAGAUAUAAACCAAUUGUAAAUAUUAAAUAAGUUGUUAUCAGCUACAAAACUACAUAUGAA